UUUUAGUUUCUGGGGUCCCCGUGUUUCUCGGAGGUGAAGCGGGAGGGAGUGACCCCCCCCGAGCCCCUCAAUCCCUCUACUACGUCGCCUCCAUAGCCUGCAGAGAAGCGGGGACCGCGCGCAUCGCGGCGCAUCGCCUCACAGCGGAACGCCGCGCACUUGGAGCCGGCACGGCUCAGUGGGUUUUGGUUUUUGCACUGAAUGUAGUCUAGACUCAUCUUCACGGGCUUGUGUUGCCCCAGGAUACUGUCAAAGGCAGUAUUUGUGUGUUUCUGCAGAGUUUUGCACAGAGUCUGUUCCCAUGCAGACCAAUGAGGGAGAAGUAUCGGAAGAAAGCAGUUCCAAGGUGGAACAGGAGGAUUUUGUAAUGGAAGGGCAUGGCAAGACUCCACCUCCUGGUGAAGAAAGCAAACAAGAGAAGGAGCAAGAAAGGGAAGAACAGUUAAUGGAAGACAAGAAAAGGAAGAAAGAGGAUAAAAAGAAAAAAGAAGCCACUCAGAAGGUCACGGAACAAAAAACCAAAGUGCCCGAAGUGACGAAACCAAGUUUAAGCCAACCAACGGCCGCCAGCCCAAUUGGCAGCUCUCCAUCGCCACCAGUCAAUGGUGGCAACAAUGCCAAAAGGGUGGCAGUGCCGAACGGACAACCGCCAAGCGCCGCCCGCUACAUGCCUCGGGAGGUGCCGCCGCGAUUCCGUUGCCAGCAGGACCACAAAGUGUUACUAAAACGUGGGCAGCCUCCUCCACCGUCCUGCAUGCUCCUCGGGGGCGGGGCGGGGCCUCCUCCCUCCACAGCGCCAGGAGCAAACCCCAACGCACAAGUGACAGGAGCGCUGCUGCAGAGCGAGGGUGGGACCGCACCAGACAAGAGCAUUACAGUUCGAGCCUCCAUAGUCCCAGCUUCCCCCACAGAGUCAGCCCUUGGAGGUGCUGCUGCUUCACAUUAUGCAAAUCCCACUUGGGGCCCGGGAGCCUCCUCCAACAACGGCGCCUCCCCCAACCCUAUUCACAUCUGGGACAAGGUGAUUGUAGACGGGUCUGACAUGGAAGAGUGGCCUUGCAUUGCCAGCAAAGACACUGAGUCUUCUUCCGAAAACACCACCGAUAACAACAGUGCCUCGAACCCUGGCUCUGAGAAGAGCACUCUGCCAGGAAGCACCACUAGUAACAAAGGAAAAGGGAGCCAGUGCCAGUCUGCAAGUUCUGGGAACGAAUGUAAUCUUGGGGUCUGGAAAUCUGACCCUAAGGCUAAAUCUGUUCAAUCUUCCAACUCUACUACAGAAAGCAACAGUGGACUAGGGAAUUGGAGGAGUGUGAGCGGUCAGGACAGAAUUGGACCUGGCUCUGGCUUCAGCAACUUUAACCCAAAUAGCAACCCAUCUGCCUGGCCAGCGCUGGUCCAAGAAGGAAAUUCUAGGAAAGGGGCAUUGGAAACGGAUACUAGUAAUUCCAGUGCACAGGUUAGCACAGUAGGUCAGGCAUCCAGGGAACAGCAGUCAAAGAUGGAAAAUGCGGGUGUUAAUUUUGUUGUCUCUGGCAGAGAACAGGCUCAAAUUCAUAACACUGAUGGACCAAAAAAUGGAAACACUAACUCCUUGAACUUAAGUUCACCAAACCCCAUGGAGAAUAAGGGAAUGCCCUUCGGAAUGGGCUUGGGGAACGCCUCCAGGAGCACUGAUGCCCCUUCACAAAGCACUGGAGAUCGAAAGACUGGGAGUGUUGGAUCUUGGAGUGCAGCUAGGGGGCCUUCUGGAACUGACACAGCCUCUGGACAGAGCAAUUCUGGAAACAAUGGGAACAAUGGAAAGGAUAGAGAGGACUCCUGGAAAGGAGCUCCUGUUCAGAAAUCAACCGGGUCAAAAAAUGACUCUUGGGACAACAAUAACAGGUCUACGGGUGGGUCCUGGAACUUUGGCCCUCAGGACUCUAAUGACAACAAAUGGGGUGAAGGGAACAAAAUGACAUCUGGGGUCUCUCAGGGAGAAUGGAAACAGCCGACUGGGUCUGAUGAGUUGAAAAUUGGAGAAUGGAGUGGUCCAAACCAACCAAAUUCUAGCACUGGAGCAUGGGACAAUCAAAAGGGCCACCCCCUCCCUGAAAACCAAGGCAAUGCCCAGGCUCCCUGUUGGGGAAGAUCUUCCAGCUCCACGGGAAGUGAAGUUGGAGGUCAAAGCACUGGAAGCAACCACAAAGCAGGAAGUAGUGACAGUCAUAAUUCUGGCCGUCGGUCGUACAGGCCCACACAUCCUGAUUGUCAGGCUGUCUUGCAGACUCUUUUGAGCCGAACUGAUUUGGACCCCAGGGUGCUCUCAAACACUGGCUGGGGCCAAACUCAAAUUAAGCAGGACACAGUGUGGGAUAUUGAAGAGGUGCCAAGGCCCGAGGGGAAAUCUGACAAAGGAACUGAGGGGUGGGAGAGCGCUGCCACACAGACCAAGAACUCAGGGGGCUGGGGAGAUGCACCCAGCCAAAGCAAUCAAAUGAAGUCUGGAUGGGGGGAGCUCUCAGCCUCUACAGAAUGGAAAGACCCCAAGAACACAGGAGGCUGGAAUGACUAUAAGAACAACAACUCUUCCAGUUGGGGAGGAGGACGACCAGAUGAAAAGACAUCUUCCUCUUGGAAUGAGAAUUCCAACAAGGAGCAGGGGUGGGGAGGUGGACGCCAGCCCAAUCAAGGAUGGACUUCUGGAAAGAAUGGUUGGGGAGAGGAGGUCGAUCAGGCGAAAACUAGCAAUUGGGAAAGUUCUGCCAGUAAACCUGUGUCUGGGUGGGGUGAAGGAGGGCAGAAUGAAAUCGGAACUUGGGGGAACGGUGGGAAUGCAAGCCUAGCUUCAAAAGGCGGGUGGGAAGAUUGCAAAAGAUCUACAGCCUGGACAGAGACAGGCAGACAACCCAGUUCCUGGAACAAACAGCACCAACAGCAGCAGCAGGCACAGCAGCCACCGCCACCACAACCAGAGACUUCUGGUUCAUGGGGAGGCCCAGCCCCACCACCUCCAGGCAAUGGACGACCUUCCAGUUCCAACUGGAGCAGCGGGCCGCAGCCAGUGAACCCGAAGGAUGAGGAACCCAGUGGUUGGGAAGAGCCGUCCCCACAGUCGAUUAGUCGGAAGAUGGACAUUGAUGAUGGCACUUCGGCGUGGGGAGACCCUAACAGUUACAACUACAAGAAUGUGAAUCUGUGGGAUAAGAAUUCCCAAGGGGGCCCAGCACCUCGAGAACCAAACCUGCCUACCCCGAUGACUGCUAAAUCAGCAUCAGUCUGGAGCAAAAGCACACCACCUGCUCCAGAUAAUGGUACUUCAGCUUGGGGUGAGCCAAAUGAAAGCAGUCCUGGGUGGGGUGAAAUGGAUGACACAGGAGCAUCGACCACAGGCUGGGGGACCACACCCUCCAGUGCUCCAAAUGCCAUGAAACCUAAUUCCAAAUCUAUGCAAGACGGCUGGGGGGAGAGUGACGGGCCCGUGACAGGAACCCGCCAUCCCAGCUGGGAAGAGGAGGAGGAUGGAGGAGUCUGGAACACCGCCGGCUCUCAGGGAAGUGCUUCCUCCCACAGUUCGGCAAGCUGGGGCCAAGGAGGAAAGAAACAGAUGAAGUGCUCACUAAAAGGAGGAAACAAUGAUUCAUGGAUGAAUCCCCUUGCCAAACAGUUUUCAAAUAUGGGAUUGCUGAGUCAAACUGAAGAUAAUCCAAGUAGCAAAAUGGAUUUGUCUGUAGGGAGCCUUCCAGAUAAAAAAUUUGAUGUGGACAAGCGAGCAAUGAAUCUCGGGGAUUUUAAUGAUAUCAUGAGGAAGGAUCGAUCUGGGUUCCGUCCACCUAAUUCCAAAGACAUGGGAACCACAGAUAGUGGGCCUUAUUUUGAGAAGCUGACUUUGCCUUUCUCCAAUCAAGAUGGGUGCCUUGGGGAUGAGGCUCCCUGCUCUCCCUUCUCCCCUUCUCCCAGCUACAAGCUGUCUCCCUCUGGUUCCACACUACCCAACGUCAGCCUUGGAGCAAUCGGCACAGGGCUCAACCCCCAAAACUUCGCUGCUAGACAAGGUGGCAAUCAUGGUUUGUUUGGAAAUAGCACAGCACAAUCGAGAGGCGUGCACACCCCCGUGCAGCCACUGAAUUCUUCUCCUAAUCUCCGGGCGCAAGUGCCUCCCCAGUUCAUUUCCCCCCAGGUUUCUGCCUCAAUGCUCAAGCAGUUUCCCAACAGUGGCCUGAAUCCAGGUCUUUUCAAUGUGGGGCCCCAGUUAUCUCCUCAACAAAUUGCCAUGCUGAGCCAGCUUCCACAGAUUCCCCAGUUUCAGUUGGCGUGUCAGCUGCUCCUGCAGCAGCAGCAACAGCAGCAGUUGUUACAGAACCAGAGGAAGCUUUCUCAAGCCGUGCGUCAGCAGCAGGAGCAGCAGCUGGCUCGAAUGGUGAGCGCCCUGCAGCAGCAGCAGCAGCAGCAGAGGCAGCCCAGCAUGAAACAUUCGCCGUCUCAUCCCGUUGGGCCCAAGCCGCAUCUGGACAACAUGGUCCCCAACGCUCUAAAUGUGGGGCUCCCAGACCUUCAAACCAAAGGGCCAAUACCUGGAUAUGGUUCUGGCUUCAGCUCUGGCGGCAUGGACUACGGCAUGGUUGGUGGGAAGGAGGCUGGAACAGAGUCUCGCUUUAAGCAGUGGACCUCCAUGAUGGAGGGACUGCCCUCUGUAGCCACACAGGAAGCCAAUAUGCACAAAAAUGGCGCUAUAGUGGCCCCUGGUAAGACCCGAGGAGGGUCACCGUACAACCAGUUUGAUAUCAUCCCGGGUGACACACUGGGUGGCCAUACGGGUCCUGCUGGUGAUAGCUGGUUACCUGCCAAAUCUCCACCAACAAAUAAAAUCGGAAGUAAAUCCAGCAAUGCCAGCUGGCCUCCAGAAUUCCAACCAGGAGUGCCAUGGAAAGGUAUCCAAAACAUUGACCCUGAAUCUGACCCCUAUGUCACCCCAGGAAGUGUGCUGGGGGGUACAGCCACAUCUCCCAUUGUAGAUACUGACCACCAACUUCUGCGGGAUAACACCACAGGGUCUAAUUCCUCCCUCAACACCUCGCUGCCUUCACCUGGUGCCUGGCCCUACAGUGCCUCUGACAACUCCUUCAGCAACGUUCAUAGCACUUCAGCAAAGUUCCCUGAUUACAAAUCGACAUGGUCCCCAGAUCCCAUAGGACACAACCCCACUCAUCUCUCCAACAAGAUGUGGAAAAACCAUAUUUCCUCAAGGAACACUACACCGCUGCCCCGCCCGCCUCCCGGUCUGACCAACCCCAAACCGUCAUCUCCCUGGAGCAGCACAGCACCCCGCUCAGUCAGGGGGUGGGGGACACAGGACUCACGGCUUGCCUCUGCCUCCACCUGGAGUGAUGGUGGUUCAGUUCGUCCUAGUUACUGGCUGGUUCUUCACAAUCUCACUCCACAGAUUGAUGGGUCAACCUUGAGAACCAUCUGCAUGCAGCAUGGCCCACUGCUGACAUUCCAUCUGAACCUAACCCAGGGCACCGCCCUGAUCCGAUACAGCACCAAACAGGAGGCGGCCAAGGCCCAAACUGCACUGCACAUGUGUGUGUUGGGAAACACUACCAUCCUGGCUGAGUUUGCCACUGAUGAUGAAGUUAGCCGCUUUCUGGCACAAGCUCAGCCCCCUACCCCUGCGGCAACCCCGAGUGCACCCGCAGCGGGUUGGCAGUCCCUGGAGACCGGCCAGACCCAGUCAGAUCCCGUCGGACCUGCUCUGAAUCUUUUCGGUGGGUCCACAGGGCUCGGGCAAUGGAGCAGCAGUGCUGGUGGCAGCAGCGGGGCCGAUCUUGCUGGCGCUUCAUUGUGGGGACCCCCAAACUAUUCUUCUAGCUUGUGGGGAGUCCCGACCGUGGAAGACCCCCAUAGGAUGGGCAGCCCUGCUCCUUUACUACCUGGUGACCUUCUGGGAGGAGGGUCGGAUUCAAUCUGAACUUAGAACUUUCAACUCUGACCUCGUGACCUUUUUUGGAACAGCAGCAGCACUAACUUGACCUUUUCGUUUUUUUUUUCAACUUGCAAUAAAUACAUUUUUAAAAGGAAAAAAGAAAACGGAGAGAGAAAAAAAGGUGGGUCAUUGACAGACUGUCUGAGCACAUAGUUGCCUCCCUUAUAACUUCAGUUUUUUCGUUUGGAAUAUGAAUCCAAAAAGAGAACAUAUCACUCUUGAAAUACUUGAAUCAUGAACGCCAACCUAGAAAGACAAUGUGAAGCAAGUACACAUACCAUUUAAAUUUAAACACAAAAAAAUUAAAAAAAUUAGUUUCUAGUUUUUCACUUUUUUCAUGUUAUAUGGAAGUUGUUGCUAAGAAACAUAUAUACUGAAAAAAAAAUAGCUUUUUAACUUUGUUUGCACUGGGUGUGUUUCCGUCCU